AACAAGCCACUAUGGAGGAUCUACAGAUUAGACCCCACCUGCUGUUUGUUCACUCCUACAAGUCCCCCCACUUCUGUGACUUUUGUGGGGAGAUGCUGUUUGGACUGGUCAAGCAAGGCCUCAAGUGUGAUGGAUGUGGGUUGAACUUCCACAAAAGAUGUGCAUACAAAAUUCCCAACAACUGUGCUCAUGACAGAUACAGGCGUCACUCCUCCUCCAGUGUCUCCUUCACUUUGCCCAUAAAACAAGAGGCUACCAGUAUGCAGAGCUGCGAUAAUUCUGUACAGAAUCUUUUGAGUGUCCCAUCUCAGCCAACUCCACCUUCUCCUAGCAGUACACGCUCAAAGUCCUGGACAGGAAGACCCAUCUGGCUGGAGCGAGAGUAUGCCAGCCGCAUCAAGGUUCCACACACAUUUGUUGUCCAUAACUACAAAAAGCCCACUCGGUGCCAGUGGUGCAAAUGCUUGUUAAAGGGAAUCAUUCGCCAGGGAGUGCAGUGCAAAGACUGCAAAUUUAACUGCCAUCGUAAAUGUUCAGUAUUGGUACCCAAUGACUGUGCUGGAGAGCUGCCCUAUGAUGGUAAUGAAGAGCAAGAUGAUACAUCUGAUCUACCAGACAACUCAAAUGCCACAGAGGAUGGAACCCAAGUUGCUGAUGAUGUUGAUGACAAUGAUGACAUUGAGCCUAAACCACCUCUCAGCCCCAUAGACAGCAGCAACAUUCCUCUGAUGAGAGUUGUGCAGUCUGUCAAGCACACCAAAAGAGCAGGCCCCAAAACACUCAAGGAAGGCUGGAUGGUUCAUUUCACUGACAAAGACAAAAAGAGAAAAAGACAUUACUGGCGGUUGGAUCCUAAGUCAGUCAUCUUGUACAAUGAUGAUACUUCAAGAAGAUAUUAUAAGGAGAUACAAUUAAAUAGUAUUCUGAGUGUGGAAGCAGCAAAACCUGCCAAAGGUCAGGACUACUCAAGGCCACCUCAUGUUUUUGAGAUCAUAGUCAACUCGUUGAUCUACUAUGUUGGUGAAGAUCCCACUUUUGGACAAGAGUCAAACUUAGUUGUGUCCCCUGAAAGUGGAAUAGGUCUUGAGCAGGCUAGGCAUUGGGAAUCUGCCAUUCGUCAAGCACUGAUGCCUGUCACUCUACAAACGGGUGUUGCAAAUGUUGGAGCAGAUAACAAUGGCUCUGGAGACAAUCAGAGAACUGGUCCGGCAGAAAUUAGUCAUCUCUAUCACAUUAUACCAGAAGAUGUCCUAGGGUCUGGUCAAUUUGGAAUUGUUUAUGGCGGUCGGCACAGGGAAACAAAUCGUGAAGUGGCCAUCAAAGUAAUAGAUAAAAUGAGAUUUCCGACAAAGCAGGAGGCCCAGCUGAAGAUAGAAGUAGAGAUAUUAAAGAACUUGCACCAUGGUGGAGUUGUCAACUUGGAGCAGAUGUUUGAAACCCCGGAGAGGAUAUUUGUUGUUAUGGAGAAACUGAAAGGAGACAUGUUGGAAAUGAUUCUUUCAAGUCCUAAAGGUCGACUGAGUGAAAGAGUCACAAAGUUCCUUAUAUCACAGAUCUUAGUUGCCUUAAAACAUUUGCAUUCCAAGAGUAUUGUCCACUGCGACCUCAAACCAGAAAAUGUUCUCUUGUCCUCAGAGACAGCGUUUCCUCAGGUAAAACUCUGUGACUUUGGUUUUGCAAGAAUCAUUGGUGAAAAGUCAUUCCGUAGAUCUGUAGUUGGCACACCGGCCUAUCUUGCCCCAGAAGUGUUAAAGAGAAAGGGCUACAACAGAUCCUUAGACAUGUGGUCAGUUGGUGUUGUAGUUUAUGUCAGCCUCAGUGGAACGUUUCCGUUCAAUGAAGAUGAAGAAAUCUCUGAGCAGAUUCAAAAUGCAUCUUUCAUGUACCCUCCUACUCCAUGGAAAGAAGUCUCACAAGAAGGCAUUGAUCUGAUCUCGAACUUGCUGCAAGUAAAGAUGAGGAAAAGAUUCACAGUGGACAAAUCUCUCAACCAUGUUUUUCUCCAGGAUUACCAGACUUGGUGUGACCUUCGUAUUCUGGAAAUGCAGGUAGGCAUUCGAUAUCUCACUCAUGAGUCCGACGACGAGAGAUGGGAAAAGUACCGCCAGGAAAGAAAUCUGAAAACUUGGGAUGAGAUUGGACAGAAAGGUGUGAAUGAAAAAUACUCUUUCAGCAAAUUUCGUGAAAAGCAAGCUAAUAAUAACACGAAAGCUGCAUCAUGA